CUGGGCGACUGUACUCCUCUCUCUGACCUGUCCGGCAAUGGAGCCCACCGCCCAAAGCGAGGAGAGUGGAGGAGGCGCGGCGACCGGAGAAUGCGUGAAUAGGAUCCCGGUGCCAAGACCGCCCUCCAUUGAGGAAUUCACCAUAGUGAAGCCCAUUAGCCGCGGUGCCUUCGGGAAAGUGUACCUGGGACAGAAAGGCGGCAAGUUGUAUGCAGUGAAGGUUGUCAAAAAAGCAGAUAUGAUCAAUAAGAAUAUGACUCAUCAGGUACAAGCUGAGAGAGAUGCACUGGCACUAAGCAAAAGUCCUUUCAUUGUCCACUUGUAUUAUUCACUGCAGUCAGCAAGCAAUGUCUACUUGGUAAUGGAAUAUCUUAUUGGUGGAGAUGUCAAGUCUCUCCUGCAUAUAUAUGGUUAUUUUGAUGAAGAGAUGGCUGUGAAAUAUAUUUCUGAAGUAGCAUUGGCCCUAGACUACCUUCAUAGACAUGGAAUCAUCCACAGGGAUUUGAAACCAGAUAAUAUGCUUAUUUCUAAUGAGGGUCAUAUUAAACUGACAGAUUUUGGCCUCUCCAAAGUGACUUUGAAUAGAGAUAUCAAUAUGAUGGAUAUCCUUACAACACCAUCAAUGGCUAAACCUAAGCAAGAUUAUUCAAGAACCCCAGGACAAGUAUUAUCUCUCAUCAGUUCUUUGGGAUUUUUCACACCAGUUGCAGAAAAAAAUCAAGACUCUAUAGAUAACAUUUCAUCUCAUCUAUCUGAAACAACACAAUUUUCUCAAGGAUUAAUUUGUCCUAUGUCUAUAGAUCAAAAGGACACUACUCCUUAUUCUACCAAACUACUAAAAUCAUGUCUUGAAACAUUUUCCUCCAACCCAGGAGUUCCUGUGAAAUGUCUAACUUCAAAUCUACUCCAGUCUAGGAAAAGACUGGCUACAUCUAGUGCCAGUAGUCAAUCCCACACCUUUGUAUCCAGUGUGGAAUCAGAAUGUUACAGCAGUCCCAAAUGGGAAAAGGAUUGCCAGGAAAGUGAUGAAGCAACGGGCUCUACAAUGAUGAGUUGGAAUAUGGUUGACAAGUUAUGUGCAAAAUCUGCCAAUGCCAUUGAGACCAAAAGUUUCCAUAAAAAGGAUCUUGAGUUAGCCCUUUCUCCCAUUCACAACACCAGUGCCAUUCCUGCCACUGGAAGCUCUUGUGUAACCCUUGCUAAAAAAUGCUUCUCUGGGGAAGUUUCUUGGGAAGCAAAAGAACUGGAUGUAAGUAAUGUAAAUAUGGCCACUGACACAAGACAGUCUAGUUUCAGUGAGUCAAAGCAGUGGACUGUAAAUUCUAGUGGUAUAACUGAAGAGCACCUUGAGAAAAGAAGUUUAAAAAGAAAAUUUGAGUCGGUUGACUCUAGUCCUUGUCAGGAAAUUAUACAAAAUAAAAAAAACUGUGUGGAGUAUAACCAUGGCAGUGAAAUGAUAAAUUGUUACACAAAUCAAAAUUCAGGCUUAACAACUGAGGUUCAGAAUCUGAAGUUAUCAGUAUGUAGAAGUCAGCAAAAUGACUGUGCUAAUAAGGAAAACUCUGUCAAUUAUUUUACUGAUAAACAACAAACACCAGAAAAUUUUCCUAUACCGAUGAUAGCAAAAAACCUUAUGUGUGAACUAGAUGAAGAUUGUGAAAAGACUAAUAAGGAUUACUUAAGUUCUAAUUUGCUAUGUGCCAAUGAUGAUAGAGCUCCCAAAAGUGUUAAUAUGGACUCAGAUUUGUCUUUUCAUGGAAGUUCUGUCAUGGAAAGUUCAUUAGAAAGACAGUCCUUAGAUCCAGAUAAAAGUAUCAAAGAAUCCUCUUUCGAAGAAUCAAAUAUUGAAGAUCUACUUAUUGUAUCACCAAACUGCCAAGAAAAUACCCUGCCAAAAGAUGAUGAGAACCCUGUUAUCCAAGACAGUAACCAAAAACUAUUAGCUCCUUCUUCAGAUGUGUUGAAGACCUUAACUCUUUCUAAAAGAAAUGCUGUAGUUUUUCGAAGUUUUAACAGUCAUAUUAAUGCAUCCAAUAACUCAGAACCAUCCAAGAUGAGCAUCACUUCUUUAGAUGCAAUGGAUACUUCAUGUGGUUAUACUGGCUCAGAUCCCAUGGCUGUCACCCCUACUCAAAAAAGAAGAUCCUAUAUGCCACAUCAGCAGACCCCAAAUCAGAUCAAAUCAGGAACUUCAUACCGAACUCCAAAGAGUGUGAGAAGAGGGGCAGCCCCAAUGGAUGAUGGGAGAAUUCUUGGAACCCCAGACUACCUGGCCCCUGAGCUGUUAUUGAGCACGGCCCAUGGGUUUCUGGCUUCAGGUCCUGCAGUAGACUGGUGGGCACUUGGAGUUUGCUUGUUUGAAUUUCUAACUGGAAUUCCCCCUUUCAAUGAUGAGACACCACAACAAGUAUUCCAGAAUAUUCUGAAAAGAGAUAUCCCUUGGCCAGAAGGUGAAGAAAAGUUAUCUGAUAAUGCUCAAAGUGCAGUAGAAAUACUUUUAACUAUAGAUAAUACAAAGAGAGCUGGAAUGAAAGAACUAAAACAUCAUCCUCUCUUCAGUGAUGUAGACUGGGAAAAUCUGCAGCAUCAAACUAUGCCUUUCAUACCUCAACCAGAUAAUGAAACAGAUACAUCCUAUUUUGAAGCCAGGAAUAAUGCUCAACAUCUGACCGUAUCUGGAUUUAGUCUAUAACACGUAAAUGUUCCUUUUAUUUAAUUUUGUAUUAUAGAAUAUGCUUCAUAAUUAUAUACUUAAUACUAAAGAGGGAUCAAAAUCAUUUUUUACUUGGAUUGAUGAGCUUUUAAUGUAUGUGACAGCUUUCACAGAGUUAAGUUAUAAGAAAUGUAAUCAGUAAUAUCUCAACUUGAGAACUGUAUAUAAAUCUUCAAAUCUUGUUUCAUUUUAUUUAUUUUAUUUACUGCACUUUAUGAAAAGUAAAGCAUCAAUAAAACUAGAACAGCAUUACCACUAUAAUAUGUACAGAUUAAUGAGCCACAAGCUUGAUUUUCUCUUUAUGUGUUGAUUGUAGUCCACCAUUCAACGUGAUAGCAACAAAAAAAGUAUGUUUUCAUUUUAAUAUAAUUUACUUGCCCAUGUUUACCUGCAAAAACAGCAGUCUUGGGGUUGGAUGUGGUUCAGUGGUAGAGCACUUGCCUAGCAUGCCCAAGGUCCUGGGUUCAACAUCCAGCACCAUUAAAAAUAAAAUAAAAUAAUAGUGAUGCAGGCGUGUAAUCCCAGUGAUUUAGGAAUCUGAGAUUGAAAGAUGGUAAGUUGCAGGCUAACCUGAGCAGCUUGAUCAGACCCUGUCUCAAAAUAAAAAGGGUGGGGAUGUGGCUCAGUGGUAAAGUGCCUCUGGGUUCAGUCCCCGGUAUGGGUAUGGAAAAACAAAAACAAAACAACCCUAUGGUCUCAUGGGCAGUCACUUAAGGCAUCAUUUGUAACUUCAAAAAUGGAGCUGGAAAAUUUCUUCACCCAUUAGUGUGACUCCUUUGGGGAAUAAGGACUAAACAAAAGAACUAGGGUUUUAGCUUACUUUACUAACGAUACAGUUUUAUUGCCUUGUCUGCUUUUGGUGCUUGCUUCUAGAGUAUUUAUUUUUUUAAAAAUACUACUGGAAAGAUUAGGUGUAAUAUACUGUAAACAAUUUUAAUAAUUAUUCAAUUUUAAUAGAAAAUGUGAUGCUUGGAAUCUUAUAAACAUUUGCAACACUAUCUUAUUUGUCCUUAAAAUAACAUUAUAAUUUACUUUUGCUUAAUAAAUAUAAUUUUAACAAGUAAAUUAUCUAUCAGCAUCAACACACACUGUGAGUAUUCAGCUCACAGGUCAUAUUUUUAAUUCACUGAGACUUUCAGUAUACUUAACCCCUAAAAGAGCAAAGUUCAAAUUUAAAUGAAUAUAAGUUUUCUGCUAAUAAUCUUUUAAAUACUUUCUUUUGUUUUUGCACUUUGGCUUUACUAUUUGCCCUAUUAUAAUGUAGUUGACAAAGACACAAGUUUAAAACAGUUACAAUGAAAGAUAUACCAUUAUAAACAUUGCUAUGUAAUGAAUUCAUGGGUUAAUGGUUUUACUGAGCUCAUUUUAGUAAUGACUACUUAGAUUUAAUGCUCCUCAUAGUUUCCCCUUCUAAUAAAAUGUUCACAAUACGGUUGUUUUAACGGUUGUUUUAACGUCAUUUAGUUUGACCUAUACAUUUUUCCCUUCGAUGAAAGCAUAGUUACCCAUCAUCCUUUCAUGGUAUUGUCAAAAAAAAGGCUUUGUAAUCAAACGAUUCAAACCAUUACUCUGCCACAUUAAAACGCCUUGGGCAGUUUAACAGUGAGCAGCUCUGUGUUGUGGAUUAAUACUGAUUACUUUGAAGAGUUGGAAUGAGCAGAGCCAGAUUCAGAAACAAACCAGUUUAGUGACUUCCAAAGAUAUUAGGGACUUGAAACGUUACUUAGUUGGAGAAAAGUAUGAUGAGCUGAUUUUCAACAGACAACAAAGCCCUUGAGUAGAAAGUUACAUAGUUUGCUGUUAUAACCUAGCAUGUGCAGCUAGUCAUCUGAAAUGCUGCCACCAGGAAAGGCAUGUUGUCAUGGUAUUUAGGGGAAUGUGUGAAUUACCAUCUAAACUUAUAACUGUCAAAGAAUAUAAGUUCAGACACUUGUUAAGGAGAAACCCAAGAGGGAACAAGAACAAUGAGGUAAAGAACACUAACUACGGCCAGUGGAAAUCUAUGCAUCUUUUGCUCUGAAGAUCAGAAUGUGUUACCCCAAAAUAUGCCUCUGACAUAAAAAAUAUUUUUGGCCUAAAGGUGACAGAGUAA